UAUCCGACAGUCACUAUGCGCUCCUUACUCUAUACCAUCCUAUCGUUCGCGACGAUCGCAGUGACUAUAGCCGCGCCCGUAUCGGAACCUCAAGAUGACGACGACCUGGAUGAGAAGGUCCCCGAUACCAUAUUUAACGGCCAAACGGUGCCACCUAUGAUAGAGCUGGGGACCGAUCUCGACGAGAAGACAAAGACUGGGCACUGGCUCGUCGAGUUCUAUUCGCCCAUGUGUCCGCAUUGUAGACACUUCAAGCCAACGUGGCAAACCUUAUACGAGUUCUACUAUACUUCGAAACCCCUCAUCACCACCAAAGAAGACACCGAUAGCCCGGAAUCGUUAAAUUCUUUCACACGGUUCUAUGAUUUCAAGUUCGCAAAAGUGGACUGCAUCGCAUUCAAGGACGCCUGUAUGGACCACGACAUUUCGAAUUACCCAUCUAUACUACGGAUCGAGGAUGGAAAAGAGGUUGAAAGAAAACGAGGUGCGCAGGAACUGGAGACCUUGAGCGGCUGGGUGGAGAGCAUUUUGGAGACGAUCCGUCCAGGGUCGCGUGUCAAAGGAGGCCCUAAACUACCUGAAGUCGGUGCCAACUCUGUACAAACUGGUCCCGAGACCAAGGAGGAUCAAAAGGAGGCGGCAGCCAAAGAAGAUAAGCAGGCUGCUGCUGCUAAAUCUACACCUACGAAGGCGGCAAAGGCCACACCUAUCAAACCUGUCUCCACAGCCAAUCCGUCGGGUCUAUCUCAAGCUCUUACCUCCGAAACAUUUCAAAACAUGGUCACCAACAGCAACGAGCCUUGGUUUAUCAAAUUCUACGCACCGUGGUGUCACCAUUGCCAGGCUUUGGCGCCCAACUGGAACCAAAUGGCUCGCACGAUGAAGGACAAGCUCAACAUUGGAGAAGUCAACUGUGACGAACAAAGAGCACUGUGCAAGAAUGCCGGCGUCCAAGGCUAUCCCAGCCUUCUUUUCUUCCGUGGUAGUGAUCGCAUGGAAUACCGCGGCAUGCGCGGCCUCGGUGACCUCAUUGAGUACGCUGACAAUGCUGCCAGCAUAGGAGCUGGAGUGGCUGAUGUCGACCUUGCCGAGUUCAAGACGCUUGAGGAAAAGAAUGAAGUGCUUUUCGUGUAUUUCUAUGAUCACGCAACCACGACCGAAGAUUUGCAGGCUCUGGAUCGCCUCCCUCUUUCCUUGGUGGGCAAGGCCAGGAUUGUCAAGACGAACGACCCGGCCAUGGUCGAACGUUUCAAAAUUUCCACGUGGCCGCGUUUGAUGGUGUCUCGCGAUGGAAAACCAACAUAUUACGGUCCCAUCUCACCAAAGGACAUGCGCGAUGUGAAUAAGAUACAGACCUGGAUGAAGUCUGUCUGGCUACCAAUUGUCCCCGAACUCAAGAGUGAAAACGCUCACGAGAUCAUGGAUGGCAAGCUUGUAGUUCUUGCGAUUCUCAACCGAGACCGCAAAGAAGACUUCGCAAACGCCAAGCGUGAACUCAAGAAUGCGGCUCUGGAAUGGAUCGACAAGGAAGAGCAAAUGUUUCAGCUAGAUCGCCAGGAACUCCGUGAUGCCAAACAGCUCCGGAUAGAAGAAGCUCAAGAUAAGAACGACCAGCAAGCUUUACGAGCUGCGAAGCAGAUCCGCGUGGACAUGAAUGAAGUCGAACGUACCCAGGUAGGCUUUGCGUGGGUCGACGGUGUCUUUUGGGAGAAAUGGAUCCGUACUACCUUCGGCAUCAACGUCCAAGAUGGCGACAGAGUUAUCAUUAACAAUGAAGCUAACCACCGCUACUGGGACACAACUGCCGCGGGUGAACCCAUCCGUCCUUCCCGUGCCUCUAUCCUCGAAACAAUUGGGAAAGUUGCUAAGAAUCCCACCGCCAUCACCCCUAAAUACACCCAUGGCGCAUUUACGUCUUUCUUCCUAUCUAUCCGCAACCUUUUCACCGGACAUCCAUUAGUCCUAUUGAUAGUGGUCUUGGGAGUAGUAGUAGUCGCUGUCUUCGGAAGAAAGAGGAGACGAUCUGGAGGCGGCGGUUAUUUCCAGAUCAGCGAAAAGAACGGCGGCCUCUUGGGCAAGGUCGAUUAA